GUAACUUAAUCAGUCAACUGUCAAACGAACCUUGCGAUUUCAAAAGAAAAACAUUAUUUACAAAAUAUUUAAUAUUGUUUCCAACUCGGAUUCUUCUCUACCAGUGCUGUAUACAGACAAGAAAAAAUAAAGUCAUGACUAUAAAAUUAGUUCGUACGGAUACAAUAUCUCCUUGCAAAAUAAAUCUUCCCAAAGGUGAACAUGUUUUUGGUAGAGGAAAACUACUUGAUUGUAACGAUAAAAGGAUAUCACGAGAACACGGUCAGAUUAUCGUUUCUGAUGACUCAUUGACAAUUAAAUCUCUACAUCUAAAUCCUUGCUUUUUUCAAAAGAAGCAAUCCACACAAACUGAGAUUCUUAAACUAAAUAACACCACAGUUCUAAACAAUGGUGACAGAUUUGGCUUAUUACCUGACUCAUAUUGGUUUGAAAUACUUGUGUGUUAUGAUGAGAGUAAACAUUGUACCGAAGCUAACUCUGAAAAUGACACUGAAGAGUUGUGCUUGGAACAAGGUGGAUGUGAAACAAGGAGUGAAGUAAAAAAUGUACAGCCUAAUAUAAAUCUGAGUGGUACUGACAGUGAAGAUACCAAUGUUAGACCUGAAUCACCAUCUGUAUUAGCAAACACAGACAAUGGAGUAGGUGCACCAAACAACUGUGUAUGCCCGAGUGAGGGGAGUGGCUUAGCAGAGCAGUUGCACGGGUCAGAUGAUACACAGUCGGUGACACAGAAAGUGGAUGAUUUCAAACAAUCACCGAGUAAAAGGCCACACAGUCUGGACAAUAGUGAAGCAAAGAAAAUAAAAACUGAAGAAAAUACUGAAGAUGAACCAAAUAUGAAAACUGAACAAACAGUAAAAGAUGAACCUGCAAUCCCUGAGGAUAAUACGGAACCAGGUGUGAAACCAGGCUGCAGUACAGAUGAUACGCAACCAGCUCAGUGUGAUGAUAAACAAGGGCCAGUCAAACCUGCAAAGCCAAGGGAAAGAUGCAUGUUUGGUGCACAAUGUUACAGGCGGAACCCAACCCACUUGGAGCAGUACAGUCACCCGCAGGAUGCCGACUGGGGCGUAGGUGCGCGAGGAGUCUGUCCUUAUGGGGCCGCCUGCAGGAGACGGAACCUCAUGCACUGGAGCACCAACGACCAUCCACCAGGGGUCCUGCCACCGCCACGACCAGGGAAACGAAGGCCGAAGGCACCUGACGAGGAUGAUGUGCCACAAGAUCUGCCCAGCAAAAGGGUUCGGAAACCGGUUCUUAGACCUGACUGGGUCGGUUCAGACUCCGAGCCUGAAGAUCCAUACGGAACAGAUGAAUCUGACGAGUGGAAACCCGAUAGUAAUACCAAUUAUUCAGAUGAUUAUAUAUAACAUUCAUUAUUUUUUAAGUAAAAAUAUAAUUUUGUUACAUUAAAAAUG